UGAAUAAUUAACAAUGUUUAAUGGAACCAAAGCAUUUUCGAAGAAUGGUAAUAAGCCCAGAUUUGGAAGUGAGGAAUAUCAUCAGGCUAUUAAAGCCUCUGGUGGAGAAACCAAGAAAAGAAAGCCAAUGAAUAAGAGAUUCAAGCGAUGCUAUACCCUUGAUGUGACUUCAGACCAAAUGUUUAGAUUUAAUAACGCUGAAAGGAAAAGCAAGGCCUCUGAUAACCCUCCUGACAAGAAUCUAUCAAGGAAACUUGAAUACGAGGAAAAUAAUAUGUUUAAAACUAAUGGAUGGGGACUAAUCCUAAAUUAUGUCUCAGGUAAGGAUGAGAAGUCUCAGGUCAACAAAGUCAUCAAAGACUUGAAUGACACCAAGAAGAAUUUCAAUAGAUCAAAAACAUCAGUGAGUCCAGCUAGAUUUUUGCAAGGAUGUAAAAAGAUUAGUGUAAAAGCAGCACCUAAGAAGAACUUCCUCUACGAUCCUUCUGUAUACCGAGCCGAUAGGAACUUCAGUACCAAGAAAAUAAAUGCAAUUAAGGAAGAUUUGUCGAAAAUGACAGAAGAUUUCGAAAACCAUUCUCAUAUUAUCCAAAGUUUAAAAGAUAAAUGAGUCAGGUCAAAUGGAAGAACUUGUUCACCUCUGAAGGAGAAGGUGAUAAACAUUCGGAGCUUUCUAUCCCCAACUCCAACAAACUAUAUGAAGCCUAAGCAAGACUCAAUGACUUCCGAUAGCUUCCAGAAGCCAGUCUUAAAUGCCGAUUUAAAAUAAAGUUAGCAGCAAAACGAAAAAGAAGGAAGCUCUUGAUUACAUCAGAAAAUAUGUUAACAAAGGGAGAAUUUUCAGCCAGCCUCUGAACAAUGUGACACUUUCAGCCGGAAAUAGUAGUAUUUUUAGACAAAAUAUGGAUGCCAAAUUAAGCCAGAUUAUAAGUUGAAUCAAAGGGAACAUCGCUAAGAUUACUAAGCUGGAAAAACGAAAGAAUAGCAAUUACUUCAAGUACCAGAAUGAGUCAGAGAUGAUAGAGGAAGAACUUAAUGACUCAGAAUCCAUGUCCGAAAGUGAUUAUUCAGAAAGCACUGUUCAGAAAGAAAAGAACAAGAACUCUAAUUUAUAUCUACUUCAAGUUAAGAAGGAGAAGUAUCAACAAAUAUUGACUCUUUGCUUUAAGUUUAAGAGCUUUAAGAGGUAUAUUGAUACUAGCCACGUCAAUCAGAAAUUACAAGUCAGUGAGAAUAAGCUUAAGUCCUCUGUUGUUAGAUUCAUCAAACAAGUUGAGGAAAUUCUAGCUGAUGAGAUCGAAAACGAUAAAGACUUCUUAUUCCUCCUCAAAUUAUGAAAGAGAAUGCUUAUUUUAAACACUAAGGAGAAUCCCAAGACUAAAACAAUUUCACGGAAAUUCAAGCCCCUUCUAAGAACCGAAAUCAGGUCCAUGAGUCCCAAGAAGGAUAUGAAAAACUUGAAAUACACUAAGGCCAAAAAGCUAAGGUUGAAACGUAUUAAAAGGCACAAGAUAAUUCAAAACUAUAACAAAGAAAUCAGGUCUAUUUCUUCAAAAUUAGGAAAGUUCUCUCGGAAGCACAACUCAUUCAAAAUACAGAACAAAAGGAGGACUAAAAGACUUUUCAGCCCGAAGCCAUACACCAGGCCUCUUGAAGACCUCCUUGCAGAUAGAUUUCUGAAAUGAAUGAACCGGCUAUCUAAACGUAAGAGGAAAAGAAGGAUUUUCUCAGCUGGCAGGGCCAGAGCCAGGGACCCCCAGCUGACCAUUACUGAUGAGAUUCUUGAAAUGAAUUUUGUAUAA